GCUCAUUGGCUGGGAAGGAGGAAGACGUGAAGACGGGGAACUGGAUACUUUGCUGGCAAUCUGUUCUGUGGCUAAUGACAUUAUUAUUUCGUUAUUUUAGUUAUAGCGUUAAUAUAGUCAGAGUUACUGCUACAUAUUUUUUUUCAUUGAAUGUUCUUUGAAUAUUGUGUUUUUUGUUUUGCCCAUUUUGUGCUUGAAUGACGGUAGAAUAUGAUGUCGGGCCCGUUUUGCUGUGCAGCCGCUGAAUUCAGCCUCUCACCGUGCAGCUGAGCUGUUACGAGUCCGACGGUGUUGCUGUCUGAACGAUGAUUAAGCGAUGUCUGAUGUUGAGAUCACGUACGCCGACUUCAUCGCUUCUGGCAGGACAGGGCGUAGGAAUGCCCUUCACGACAUCCUGCAGAGUCCUACGGGCCCUGAAGGCCAAGAUCUUACCCUUACCCUGUCCCUAUCCCAACUUCACAUCAAUGCAGGAGGGGGAGAUGCAAACGACGCCGAUGACACCCAAAGCUCAUCCUCCUCGGCUCAAAGAGAGGCAGCGCAGAAGAACAGCUAACCUUCCACAGUCACUCCCUGGUGAACAGAACAUUGGUGCAUUGAUUCCUGGCCUUGUUGGGUCCAAACCCUCUCUUCACACCUGUCAGGUCGCUGGAGGCUAACGGAAUAUUGAAGCAUUUGCAUUAUCAAUACUACUGAUGAGACUAGUUAGUAGCAAGUCUCUCUAAAAGCUAAAGUCCAGUGUGGAGGCAACAAACUGGAAUAUGCACUUUGCUCUCACGCCUUCUGUGCACGACAACAACAGACUUUACAGCAAGUGCUUUAGAGUUCAAGUGAAAUGAGAGGACAUUGUAAUUUUCUUCAUUUAGUGGAUUAAAGUGCAGUGCUAAAAUACUGAUUGGGGUGAAUGAAAAAGAGAGCCUCUGUUGCUUUUGUAGUUGUGCAAGCAAUUUGUGAGCCCACUGAGAUGUGUUAAUGUAAUGGGUCGCAGUGGAGCUAGCAUGUGUGUAGAGGUAGUGAUGCUGAUAGGGAUUAAAUUGCUAGUUAAUGGCGUGUGCUUCCUUGAAAUUGACAAUACUGUUCAGAAAAUUGGAGCAUAUGUAAGCAGGGCUGGAAACACAUACAAACUUGUCCACUGUUCUGUGACUAAAUUGGACUGUCAUACACUCUUUUUUUUGUGAUAGAUCGAGUUCAAAUCAUGUAAUUAAAACCCAAACCAUUUAAAAUACAAAUAAUCACUUGUGAAACAUAUCACAUCAAAAACAAAAGCCAAGCUAUCAUUUAUAAAAAUGUUACAAUGACUCGUUUGUUUAAUUUCUUUUUUUGCUCGGUGUACAAUGAAUUAUUUACAAUUAUUACAUGGAAAAAUAUGAUAACUUACUCAGAAUUGUAGGCCAUUGUUGUUUUGAGCAUUUCAAACACAACAUCCAAAUACGAUCAAGCAAAACUGUGAACAAUGCUUUACGGAUCGAUCAUGCAACUUUGACUUCAAUUUAUCCCCCACUCGUCUGAGUUACCAUGGAUACAAUUUUAGUCUUAAUUAUUCAAUUUACCAAGACGUUGGGCAACUCGAUUCGUGAGCAAGUGUACGAAAUUAAGUAUCCUGAAUUCAUUCAAAAAGUACCUGUGUGGAAAUUAUUUCCAGUGGGGUUGUAACAUUAGGCAAAUACGCACUAAACCUCGAAUACUUUACUAGUUUGGGUGCACCUAGCCUAUACUUUAUCAAAGUAGGCACAUCCUUG